AUGGCCCUUGCCAUGAAAGCUACAGGAUGCCUCUCCCUUUCUCUCCUUCUUGACAUCGCUAAAAAAAAAAAAAAAAGGAGCAUUCUGUGCAACCGCUCAAGCUCGCAAGCAACGAUGCUUUCAGUACCAUCUAAACGCGUGGGCACUGUGGACCCAUUAACCGCCAGGCUCACGGACGGGGUGGCCGCUGUUCCACUGGCAAAAGUUCUACAUGUUCUCAACCGUGGUCUAUCGAAAAAGACGGCACAGCCACACGCACAAAAUCAGCGCCGAGACCUGCAUUCGACAGGCGCAGCAUAUACGAACGACUCUGACGGGCUACGACCCCUCACACGGGGCUUGCACUUGGCGGCAGAGGGAGUGAACGGCAAUUUCACAAGAGACUUCAUCGUCGGCUUGGCAGCGGCAGCAGGUGCAACCAUCGCCUUCACAAUUAUUGUCUGCUUUUUGGCCCUCUGCGGACCUGAUCUGAUAGGCAGGUGCUGUAUGGGUCGCAAGCGUCAUCACCAAGAGCACUGGUUCGAUGCCAGAGACGCUGAGAAGGGUCACCCUUUUGUGCAAAGCAGCCAUUCACUCAUGCCUGCCUAUGCCGGCCGAACACUGCGACAUCUGGAACAUUUCAAGUAUCAAUGGCUGGCACUAUUCCCAUCGGACCGUAUGGUCGAACAAGUAGGGCCAGCGGUUCUUGAUGUGGAUACGUCCUUAGAACAAAGGUUGUACAUUAUAUCAACUCGGGUCGGCCGUCCUAAGGAGGGCAUUGUUGCAAUGGCUGAAGUUGAAGAACAAGGACAGCGGCCUACAGAUUUUACAGCGUUGGUGCUUCCUACAAACCCUCUCGAACUGGAGGAUGGUCAAGGGGGAAGAGGAACCCCUGAUUAA